AUGCUCCCCUCCGCCGCACACCCGCUCCCACUGCCGCUAUCGUCAUCGCCGCCCGUCGGCUUCGUCGAGGGGCUGGGCGCCGAUGGCCCCGGCGAAGGCGGCGAGGAAGAAGAGGAACGGCGGAAAAAGCGGUUCUUCAACAACCUCGUCUUCUUCAAGGACGUGGAGAACGUGAAGCCGGGCAUCUUCAUCGAGGGCGGCCACCUCACCGACGGUCUCGCUGCGGCCGCGGCCGCGGCAGCGUCGAGCAUCAGCGCGCCGUCGUCGCCGGCCAUCAGCCGGCGGGUCACCGACGCGCCUGCGAAGCGGCAGGCUGGCGGCUCGGGCGGCGGCCGGGCGACGAGCAAUCAGAAGGGCAGCCUCGAGGAGGGCGACACCGGCAGCGGCGGCAACACGACCAGCGGAGGGCUCACGCCGCGGGCCGACCGGCUACGCAAGGUGACCUCCGGCCGGCAGAUGGACUCGUUCCUCAAGAACGCGCGGCUCACCACCAACGCCGCCUCCCUCAACAACAGCCACGCCGCGGUGGCGAAGGUCGGACCCAAGAAGAAGCGGAGCGACGUUAUCGAGCAGUUGAUGAACACGGAAAAGGCCUACAUGAACAAGCUCAACCUGAUUAUCACGGUCAAGUGGUUCUUUGGGCGGGUGAUGCUGGCGAUCCACGACGAAGUGCACAUGCGACCCGCGCUGGAGAAGGUGUUCGGCCAGUUCGACUCCUACCUCAAGCAGCACGCCGACUUCUCUUCCGCUCUCGCUGAAAAGCUUCGCGCCUCGUGGGACAACUCCUCGUCCCUCAUCGGCGACCUUCUCAUCGACAAGAUGGGAUUCCUGCAGUGCUAUUGGGACUACUGCAGCGAGAACCAGCAGCAGUGGCAGAAGAUUGAGGAAUCAAGGAGUGCCUCGUUCUGCUUCAGCUGCUUCGUGGGCCACAUGGAGCGCAAGAUCCAGACCACCCUCCAGCUCUACGAGGAGAACUCGUUGAAGACCCUCUUCACUUCGCCGCUCAUGCACCUGCCGCAGUACGUGACGCUGUUGAAGGAGCUGAUGGAGGCGACGAGCAUCCACCACCCGGACUACGCGGCCACGCGCAAGGCCUACUUCCAGGCCAAGGUGAUCGUGGGCUCCAUGCAGCCGGAAAGCUUUGUUCUCCCGCCAUGA